AUGAUAAAUCUUACUUCUGAUACAACACCUUUAAAGAUUACAGAGCUAAAAGAGGAGGACGAAGGCAACGAAGGAUUUAUGAUAGAAUUGGAAUUAAACAAAGGCAGCAAUAUGAGAUGUUAUACUUAUGGUGAAGAAGUGCCUGCUCUUCCUAGUAAUUUAGUUGUCACUAAUGAAAAUACAAGUCAAGGCAAUAAAAACAAAGGUUUAUCAAGUGAUGAGGCAUUAGAUAAACUUAUUAAAGUAGCUAAUGAAAUAUUGGAAGAACAUCAAAGUCAUGUACCAAAAAAAAUGUACAUUAAAGAAUUCAUUUCUAGAGUUGAUGUAAUUCUUUCGAUUGUUUCAUCUUUGUUGAUGUUUACCUUUUAUAUUUACGGGAUAGUUGUUAGCGAUCCUUAUCAAUUCCGUUUAACCUCACUUCUAAUCGAAGCAAUUUUAAUCUUAUUGAUGAUAUUAUUUAAUGGGUAUUUGUACACCAAAGAAAAAAAUUUAGGUACCAUUGAAAUUUAUGAGCAUGCAAAAAUCAUUAUUGAACAAUUGAAAAAUACAAAAGUCGUACGCGAUGGUUUAGUUCGUAGUUUUCCAUCCACUUUAUUGGUGAAGGGUGACGUUAUCGAAAUGAUUUAUGGUGAUAUUGCCCCUUGUAGAAUAAAAUUAAUUUCCCAAGAACAUAUUAACAUUGAUCUUGAUGACCAUCUUGAUAAUAACGAACAAGCUCCUUCAUCGUCAACAUCAACUACUAUGCCAAAAAGAACUAAUAUCCUUGAAGCCAGGCAAGCAUUUAAACCAUCAUUUUUUGGUGAUAUACCUUCACAAAUUGUGUGGGAACAACAUUUAAAAAAUAAAGGAAUGUACCAAUUUACAUUGUUGGAAACUCCUUGGGCAAAUUGUUUAAGCGCUGCUCUACAACAAAAACGUCCAUCUCCUGUCAUCCUUAAGCAAGCAGAAGUUCUUAACAAUGUUAUGCACAAAAUACUUUUCAUCAUAGUAGCAAUCGCCCUUGCAAUAAAUUUUCUCAGAUACAUCAUCAUAGAUGUUGGUCAAUAUCGUUUAUUUGACCAAGCAUUUGAAAUUUUGAUAGUGUUACAACUUUAUGCUAUUUUGCCAAUGUUGCCAUUAUCAUUUCUUACCUUAUGGAUAAUAGUAAGAAGUUUGGCAAAUGCCACUAUUUUAGUAUUCAAGUUUUGCUAUUUGUUGUCAAAAUGGGAUGGUACAUCGCUUACUCGUUCAACAAAUUUGUUUGAGUCAUUGGGUAGUACAACUGUAAUUUGUUCGAUUGAUCGCGAGGGAACUAUAUCUCACCCUUUCACAUCUGUGGAUCAGUUGUUGUUUCCUGAUGAAAAUGGUGAUAUUACAGUUUUGGAUGUUGCUGAAGAUCCAAGUGCUCCUUUUGGUGUAAAAUUUGAAGAUCAAGACUGGCAACAACAUCUAUCACGGCUUAAACCAUUAGGACUUAAUCUAUUACUUAAUACAAAUUGUGGUGUGCUAAAAGGCCGUGAACUAACAGAACAGCAUCGAAAAUACUCCAGUUUAUACCUUAAUGCUAAAACUAAGCCUUCAAGACAAACUUGUAUGUGUAGAUUAGGAAAAGAAAUAGGGUUUACUGUGGAUGCAUUGCAAGUAUUUUCAAAAAGAAAAGAAAUUUUUACAUGUGCACCAUGUCAUCCAUCAUUAAAAGAACGCGUUAGAAAUGAUAGAUGGGAAGUUCCUAGCAUGAUAUCUUCUAUAUAUGAAGAAACUGAUGCAGGGAGCUAUCAGUUGUUGUCGGAUGGAAAUUUAGAAAUAAUUCUCGAUAAUUGUUCAGAUUAUUGGGAUGGACAAGGUCUACGAGCAAUGAAUCAAGGGAUUUUAAACAAAAUUUAUGAUUGUUAUGAAAAUGCAAUUGUAAAUGAUAUGCAAAUAGUAGCAUAUGCAUAUCGUCCAAUUAGUGUCGAGAACAAUAAUCGAAUUCCAUUUUUGUCUAAAGCACCGACUGAUUCACAUUAUUUUGUUUUACCAAAUGUACCAGAUGAACAAGAGAUAAUAUCUUCAUUAGAGGUACAGGAAUUGUUAUCAGAAGAUCCUGAUUUGUCAAGGUCACAAUUGAUUAGAUUGCAUCGUUUAAAAACUGGACAAUUGGAUGCGAAUCUUCAUGACUUCUCAUUUGAGGAUAAUGUUUCAAGAGAAGAUGAAGAAAAAUUUUAUCAGGACGUUAUCCAAGGCCAAAUAUUCCUUUCUAUGGCCACUGUUUUUCAUCAACCAAAAUUAGAUGUUUGUAAUUUUAUUGAGGAUUUGAAGUUGGCUGGUAUACGUUUUGUUUUAUUUUCACAAACUGCAGAAAGAGAGAGCAAAGCAUAUGCUGAAAGAUUGGGUCUUGAAACAGAUUGGAAUAGUUGUAUAUUAUUAUCAUCUUCUGGUGAUGAAAAUUCAUCUGGUGAUGGUUAUUUGGAACCACAUGAUAUAAAAGCACGGUUACCACGUGGCAUUGAGAAUAUUAAAGAUCAUUUAGAAGACGUUGAUGAUAUUCCAUUACAUGUUUCUUUAUUUGCCGAAUGUACACCAGAAGCAAAUCUUGAAAUGAUAAAGAUUUUUCAAGGGUAUGGUGAGGUGGUUUGUUGUAUUGGUAGCGCACUAAACUCUUUUAAUACACACGCAUUUGCUGCAGCAGAUGUAAGUGUUGCAAUGGAACCGACACAUACCAAAGCACAAACUAAAAAUGGACUUUGUCAUUAUGGGAUUAAAGGACAAUCGCCUAUGGCAUUAGGAGCAUCAUUUACAACUUUGCCAUGUGGACUAUUUAUGCAUUACGAUACUAGUCUUUAUGCUUUAACAGAUUUGAUUCGUGAAGCAAGAAGAUUAAUUAAUGGCUUAAGAUUGGGAGUUGCAUUUAUGAUUGGAUCAUUAUUAUCAAUUUCUUUACUUUUGCUAUUAUCUUAUUGUUUUUUUUUGCCUCCAGUAUUUACUGGAUAUCAAAUAUUAUGGAUUAUGUGGGCAAUAAUACCAACAUUGACAUUUUCAUUUUUGUUUAAUCCACACGAAUCUGAUACAAUGACUACAAUGACUGUCAAGAAUAAUGAACAUUUAAAAGAUUUACCAAGAUUUUUGGUUUAUUUCUUUUUAAGAUUUUCAUUGCCUGUAUUAUUUUGUCUAGGAGCAUUUAUAAUAUGUUUGUAUUAUUUUGAUGAAAGAUCAGACGUGUCUUUAAUAUUUGGAUCUUAUGGAAAUCAAGGAUGGUUGAGAUGGAGUAAUAAAGAACAAUGG